CUUUUGAUGAGGAAGGAGGGCGUGUUAUUCAAGCGGGGAAUUGUCGGUCGAUCACGUGAUCGGAACCUCCUUUUCUCACUCCAGCAGCCUUUCCAGCCUUUCUCAAGCUCUCUGAUCGCAGGCUUACAAGAUCCCGCAGUCAAAAGAUUGAGCUCGCAGCGAUGAGUCCACCUACGAGACAAGGCUUUGCCAUCUUCGGUGCCGGCAUCUUCGCAACUGAAGCGUACAUACCGGCGCUCGCAGCUUUAGGAAAGGCUGCACCCCCACUCAAAGCAGUGUAUUCACGCUCUGCUAAGAGCGCCGAGGGCUUCUCGGCUGCUGCUGUUACAGCCCUGGGUAUUCCUGCGCCCGAUGUCUACCACGACGGUGAAAAUGGCGGAGGCGUAGAUGCUAUCCUCGCGCGGAAGGACAUAUCCUCAGUCCUUAUCGUCCUUCCUAUCCCUGUCCAGCCAUCAAUAAUCCUGAAGGCACUCCAAGCAGGCAAACACGUCUUAAGCGAGAAACCGGUUGCCCCUGACGUCGCUGGCGGGAUUAAUCUGAUCGAACAGUGUCGGUCCGAGUUCCAGGGAAAGGGGCUUGUGUGGCGGGUCGCGGAGAAUUACGAGGUGGAGCCGGGGAUCCAGGAGGUGGGGAGACUUAUUGGCAAUGGGGCGAUUGGCAAGGUCAUAGGGUUCAAAGCUUGCAUUCUGAAUUACGUGAGUAAGGACUCCAAAUAUUAUAAGACACCAUGGAGAACUGUGCCUGAGUAUCAAGGAGGCUUCCUGGUGGAUGGCGGAGUUCAUACUAUCGCCGUGUUGCGCGUUCUACUUCCUCAGCCCAUUACACACCUGUCGAGCUUUGCUUCGCUAAACAAGGAGUACCUCGCACCUCAUGACACGAUCCAUGCCAUCGCCAAGGCUUCGUCCCAUUACUCUGGCACCCUUGAGAUGACUUUUGCCUUUCCCACAACGUCCAAGCCAGUCUCAGCGAAGGAUGCAUAUGUCGUCACAGGUACAGAAGGAUAUGCAGCGAUUUCUAUAGACGGAGGAUUUAUCAAAGCCAUUCUCACGACGGAAAAGAAGGAAACGGUUGUCAAAGAGAAAAUGAGAGGCGUUGAGCUUGAGCUUGGUAGCUUCUUUGACGCGGCAGACAGCAAGGAAGGCAUUGAGCCAUUUGGAAAUCCGGUAGAUGCGCUGAAGGAUGUCGCAUUCAUUGAGGCUGCCUUGAAGAGCAAUGGAGCAUUGGUCGAUCUAGGUCUGUUGGUCCAUGGCUUGGAAUGAAAAAUGUGGAAGUUGUAUAUGUAGCCCAUUGAUUUCUCAACUCGGCUCGUGAAAAU